CCGGUCGACAGGACCAUGUCGCUGGUAAGCCAGAAUUCGCGCCGCCGCCGCCGCCGCGGUGCAACGGCCACUGCGCACAACAGCAGCAGCUGGGGUGAAAUUCAGGCCCCUAACGCCUCCGGUUUCCCCGCUGCUAUGCCAGACCCAGACGUCCCCCAGGAUCACAGCGAUCCCCAGAUCCUCCAGGGCCUCUGCGCCUCUGAGGGCCCAAGUGCGUCUGUGCUGCCCACCCCCGGUGAGGGCCCGAGCACCUCUGGGCCGCCCACCGUUUCUGAGGGCUCAAGCGCCUACGGGCAGCCUACCAUCGCUGAGGGAUCGAGCACCUCCGUGCUGUCCACCCGCGGUGAGUGUCCGAGCACCACCGUGCAGCCCACCGCCUUUGAGGGAGCAAGCACUUCCAUGCCUCCUACCCGCGGUGAGAGCCUGACCACCUCCGUGCCGCCCACCGCCUCUGAGGCAUCAGGCAUCUCCGUGCCGCCCCCCCUGGGUGAGGGUCCGAGCAUCUCCGUGCCGCCCCCCCUGGGUGAGGGCCCGAGCACCUCCGUGCCGCCCAGCGCCUCCGAGGCAUCAGGCAUCUCCGUGACGCAUCCCCUGGGUGAGGGCCCGAGCACCUCCGUGCCGCCCCCCCUUGGUGAGGGCCCGAGCACCUCCGUGCCGCCCACCGCCUCUGAGGGACCGGGCACCUCCAUGCUGCCCACCCCCGGUGAGGGACUGAGCACUUUCAUGCUGCCAACCGCCUAUGAGGAACCGAGCAACUCCGUGCCACCCGCCCCUGCUGAGGGACAGAGCACACUGUUGAGCUCGAGCGCUUCUGUGGACCCGAAGCCCUCCAAGCGCUCCAAUGUUUUGCCAAACGCUAGCAUGGCCAAGGCCUCCGCGGACUCGGACUCUGAGGGCCCUAAGGGUGCGGAAGGUCCCAUGGAAUUCCAGGUCCUAAGAGACCGUGAAAGGCCCAACUCCAUUACCAUUAUGGGCCUCAGUACUUCCCGGGUCGCCAUUACCCUGAAGCCCCAGGACCCCAUGGAACAGAAUGUAGCUGAGUUGUUGCAGUUUCUGCUGGUGAAGGAUCAAAGCAAGUACCCUAUCCGAGAGUCUGAAAUGCGAGAAUAUAUUGCUAAAGAAUAUCGCAGCCAGUUCCCUGAGAUCCUCAGACGAGCAGCAGCUCACUUGGAAUGCAUUUUUAGGUUUGAAUUGAGGGAACUUGACCCUGAGACACGCACCUACAUUCUACUCAACAAACUGGGACCUGUGCCCUUUGAAGGGUUAGAAGAGAGCCCAAAUGGGCCAAAGAUGGGCCUCCUGAUGAUGAUUCUGGGGCAGAUAUUCCUGAAUGGCAACCAAGCCAAGGAGGCUGAGAUUUGGGAAAUGCUCUGGAGGAUGGGAGUGCAGCGGGAGAGGAGGCUUUCCAUUUUUGGGAACCCGAAGAGACUUCUCUCUGUAGAGUUUGUAUGGCAGCGCUACUUGGACUACAGGCCAAUAACUGACUGUAAUCCAGUGGAGUAUGAGUUUUUCUGGGGCCCACGAUCCCACCUAGAAACCACCAAGAUGAAAAUACUGAAGUUCAUGGCUAGAAUCUAUAACAAAGAUCCUAUGGACUGGCCAGAGCAAUACAACGAGGCGCUGGAAGAAGAUGCUGCUAGAGCCCUGGCUGAGGGUUGGCAGCCUCUCCCUCCGUUUAGAAGGCCCUUUUUUGAGGAAGCUGCUGCAGAGGCAGCAUUCCCAGAUUCAGACGUUUCCAACCAGUCCUCAAAGUAUCCCCCACAUUCGUGGCCUGAGUCAAGAUUGGAGAGCAAGGCAAGGAAAUUGGUGCAGUUAUUUCUGCUUAUGGAUUCAACUAAGCUGCCUAUACCAAAGAAAGGAAUUCUGUACUACAUUGGCCGAGAAUGCAGCAAAGUGUUCCCUGACCUCCUGAAUCGUGCUGCCCGCACCCUGAACCAUGUCUAUGGGACAGAGCUAGUCGUACUUGAUCCCAGGAACCACUCCUAUACCCUGUACAACCGAAGAGAAAUGGAAGACACUGAAGAGAUUGUGGACAGUCCAAACAGGCCUGGCAACAACUUCUUGAUGCAGGUCCUAAGCUUCAUCUUUAUCAUGGGCAACCAUGCCAGGGAGUCUGCAGUCUGGGCCUUUCUGAGGGGCUUAGGGGUUCAAUCUGGGAGAAAGCAUGUGAUUACCUGUAGGUAUUUGAGUCAGCGCUAUAUAGACAGUUUACGGGUUCCCGAUACCGAUCCAGUGCAAUAUGAGUUUGUAUGGGGCCCUAGAGCCCGCUUGGAAACCUCCAAGAUGAAAGCCCUGCGAUAUGUGGCCAGAAUCCACAGAAGGGAUCCACAGGACUGGCCACAGCAGUACAGGGAGGCAUUGGAAGAUGAGGCCAAUAGGGCUGAUGUUGGGCACAGGCAAUUCUUUGUUCACAACUUCUGA